AUUGGAGCGAACGAUAACAAAUCGAUGAAAAAUUCAAUGCGUUCUGUUCUAAUCUUAAACGUAUCUAGGAAUGUCGGGAGUGUGAGUUGAAAACACAGACUGUCAAAGGCUUUGACCGGUUUGUGAAAACGAAGGUUUAGCCGUACCCUAACCUUCUGGCUGUCAAAAAGUCAAAGCAAAAGCAAAAACCUUUGGAAAAAAUCGGCCUUUAGAAGAGAAGGAGUUACUGGUGUGCCCUCAAUAUUAUUAGUUAGUUAUUCAAGUGCUUUUUCUUAAAGACAAUUUAGAUCAGUGGCGUGUGUUUUAAAAUGUUAAGAACAUGACGGAAGAGGAAUUAUUGGUUAAAGCGGCAGAAGAAAGAGCAGCCAUCGUCAACAAAUAUGAUCGCGGCCGAGAAAAUGCUGAACAGAUAGAUCCGUGGGAGGAUCCUGGUUUUGAAAUAUACCAUGCCACUGACAGAUAUGGUUUUAUACAUGAUAAACGACUGCCUUCAAUUCAGCGGAUAGAAAUAAGGGAUAAGGAGUUGGAGAACAGUCGUCUUAAAAAAUGGUCCAAAAUGCUUCACCCAAAUUCCACCAAAGUGUGGGAUAAGGACAUGAAAAGUGGCAAGUUGAAAAAACGACUGUACAAAGGUGUGCCUGAUGCAGUCAGAGGAGAAGUCUGGUCACGCUUGUUGCAUAUCAAGAAAACGAAGGAAGAACAAAUAGGGAAAUAUGAGGAAAUGCGCAAAUUAGCUCGGUUGUGGUCACCGGAUCUACGUCAAAUAGAUCUCGAUGUCAACAGAACAUACCGGGAUCAUCUUAUGUUUCGAGAACGUUAUGGGUUGAAACAACAGGCCCUGUUCCAUGUUUUAGGAGCCUAUUCUGUGUAUAAUUCUGAAAUAGGUUAUUGCCAAGGCAUGUCACAAAUUGCUGCAUUGCUGUUGAUGUACCUCAAUGAAGAAGACGCAUUUUGGGGUCUCAGCAAUUUAAUGGCUGACCCUAAAUGGGCAAUGCACGGAUUUUUCAUUCCUGGCUUUCCGAAACUACUUCGCUUUCAGCAACAACAUGACAAAAUAUUCGCCAAAUUUCUUCCUAAACUGAAGAAACAUUUCGACCGGCAAAAUAUCGACGCGGGACUUUACACCCUAAAAUGGUUUUUCCAGUGCUUUCUUGAUAGAGUUCCUUUCUCUUUGGCCAUACGAUUGUGGGACAUUUACCUCUUUGAGGGUGAAAAUUUGCUAUUAACCAUGUCGUAUGGCCUCUUAAAACUGCAUCGGCGAUCUCUCAGCCGAAUGGGGAUGGAGGAGAUUGUCGAAUUUUUACAGAUUCACCUUUCCCAGAAUUUCGGCUAUUCCGAUAAUGUAGUCAUCGAAAAUGUGGAAAAGUGCAUGGAAGAACUUCGACGAGCGAAACUCGACCAGAAUUCCAAGCAAAUCCCCGCAAGCGAACUAGCUCAGAACCCAUUUGGAGCUUUCGUUACCCCUUCGAUUGACGUCUCUAUUGGUCGGCGACGAGCGGAAUUUUCCGACGAGGAAAGAGUGGCUCGAGCAGCUGUCGUCGCCCGUAUGGAGUUGCAGUCGAGGUCCCAACAACCCGGUUCCUAUCUGUCUAUCGAUGAUGUUUCGUUCGAUCCAAGCAUCGAUGACGUCAGUUCCGGUUUGCAACGCAGUUGUCGAAGUUCUUUGGCUGGGACAAGUGUCACGUCUGCGGCUGAUAUUAGCACCCUCUCCGUCACCACAUCUCAGCGUUAUUUGUAUAACGACAAUGAUGAAGGCGAUUCGGGUUCUAUCGGUAGAAACAGUGUCAUAUCCGUCGAUCGAGAAGCAAAUGCCCAAGGUUCGCCCACAACUCUUACAGAAUUCGCCGUCGUUCAUCGGUCACGAGCUGGCGAAGACGUUUUCAUCCUUCCACCACCUUAUCCCACACCCACCGCAUCUUCAUUAUCAUCGCCACAGACACCAAGUUACCCAAUUCUUCCUUCCUCAGAGACCACGCCAACCACGUCACUUGAAACACCUACUUACCCAGCUCCACCACCACUUUUCAGCAAUUCAUUCCAGAGUAAUAGUUUUCCUAAUGAGCCGAUAUCCAAGACUUCUUCAAGGCCAGAGAAUAGGGAACAAACUGCUGCUUUCCGAACCUCGAAAUCUCCAGACCGAAGAAUGGAUCCAGACCAUACCAUAUCGCCUGACCGCGUUCGGAUUUAUGUGCCCUUCAGAGACGACUCGUCCUUCGAACUUCCUACUGUCUUGAACGGAUCGAACGUCAGUAACGGUGUCUCUCCUACCAGUCUCAAUAUGUCUUCUUUAGAAGAUCCCAAUCGCGUCGUUAUUCAAGUGAAUGACCGAACGGCAAGUGGGGAGACCUCAAUUUCUUCCAGUACGCCCAUUAGUAAGAAAAGCAAAUCGCCCACAAAGAAGGGAACCAAGUCCAAAUCAACUGGAAGUCGCCUCUGAGUCCGACGUUUUCUUCUCAUCAAAGGGAACGCAAUAAGUCUUUAACAUCUCCUCCAUAGUGCUGAUGUUCAUUUCUUUUUAAAUACUUAUUUUUGUUAUCCACCCGGACUGUGGAAACAAAGUUGGGAUAAUCUCAUUUCAAUCGUGAAAUCAAGAUCAUUUCCCUUUAAAAACUCGAGUUGCCUCGCUGUUGUCAUCGUCAACUUGGUACACGCAUCAAGCAGUCGAUAUGUUCUAGCCGUUCUUCGUGUUCCAUUCCUUUGUCUUUCUUGAGUUGUCGCCGUUUAUAAUGUGAAGUUUAAUCUUCGUCUUUGUCGAACAGGUCCAUCAGCUCGCUUAUCUGUUCUUUAUUUUUCUUCCUUUAUUUUGCGUUGUUGAACUUCUGUGAACACAUACAUCACGUGACAUCUGUAGAUAA